GUUAUUUUAAUGGCAGUUCAGGUUGGUUCUGUUUUUUGUAUCAGCCAUUAGGCAAUGAAUAACGUACAUAUAUUUUCAAAGGCAGGGUGAUUUCAUCGUAAAUUUGACAAUUUUCAUACGAAUUCGACUACUGUUACCGUGUUGCACGCUUGCUUUACUUAGAAAUUAUUGAAAAACUGAACGGGCCAUUAUGCAGUCGGCUAUGAACUUUUUGAAGCGAAGACUCUCUGAGAACAGUUUUACCAGCAAUCUUCCAAACGGAUAUCUUGUGGAUCUGGGAGAUGAACCUCAAAGACCGCCAGUACCGGUAGCCACGAGUGGAAGCGCGGAAGUGGAGUUAUCGCGCGAUCAACAGGUGACACCAGCUCCUAUAUCGCAUGAGAGAAUUCCCAAAACAGAUGUCGUUACAGAUUCUGCAUCUUCGAACCAGCAAUCUGGAGGAUUCUUUUCUUCUUUCACAUCCGGUAAUCCACUGUCAAGAAUGAAACAGGAAACGGAACAGGCGAGCAAGACGAAAACGCUUCUUGCUAUUGACGACCGACAUACUGACUGGACAAAAUAUUUCCGAGGGAAGAAAAUUCAUGAUUUCACUAUACGUGUCGAACAGGCCACCUUUGAUGAAAUCACGGUCACGGCAAAUAGUGCGGAAGGUGUCACAGUUGAUAUCAGAUGUGUGCGAGCAGGAAGCAAAAUAUCAAAAUCAUUCAAACCACAUUUUUUGUUGAUCCGACAAUCGCCUCGAUCAAUGGCUGAAGGAGAAGAUUUCCGGAAUCUAAUAAUCGGUUUCAAAUAUGGCGGAAUUCCAUCGGUUAAUUCACUUCAUUCAAUUUAUAAUUUCUUGGAUCGACCUUGGACGUUUGCUCAGCUCAUACGCAUACAGAAAAGAUUGGGGUCUGACAAGUUUCCAUUGAUUUCACAAACUUAUUAUCCAGCCGGAAAAGAUAUGCUGACUGCUUCGUCGUUUCCAGUAAUCGUCAAGAUAGGCCACGCCCACGGUGGGAUGGCGAAGUUGAAAGUGAACAAUCAUCACAAUUUUCAAGAUGUGGCUGGAGUUGUCGCAUUAUCCGGAACCUACGCUGUAAGCGAACCAUUUGUGGAAUCUAAGUUUGACAUCAGAGUUCAGAAGAUUGGUGGAACUUAUCGUGCUCAUGUACGAACUUCUAUCUCGAACAAUUGGAAGGCAAAUAUGGGGUCCGCUAUGUUGGAAGAAAUUCCUGUUUCUGACCGACAUCGAUUAUGGGUUGAUGCUUGCAGUGAAAUGUUUGGAGGUCUGGAUAUUGUGUCAGUCAAAGCAGUACAUGGCGCGGAUGGCCAAGACUAUAUCAUUGAGGUAUCAGAUUGUUGUAUGCCACUUGUUGGCGAAAAACAAGAAGAAGAUCGACAAAUCAUCAGCGAACUUGUCAUGCAGAGAAUGAAAGCUUGUAUGAGACCAAGACCCGAAGCAACACCUCGAGGUCAGAAUCAAUCUAGUAGGCGACAAACAUACGCCAAGCAAAAUCCAUCACGAAACAUGUCUGCACCUCCAUCGGCGCCCGUCAGUGCUCCAGGAUCCCCACCAGAUUCGCCUCGUAGAAGCAAUUCUAUUACAAGCAACUCAAGUGGGCGUGUCCAAGGCGGAAACAUAAGAAGUUCUGCACCAUCGUCACCGGGAUCUUAUACAGGCCCGGUAGCGCCAUCUAACGAAGAAGAGACCAACGCUGAGAAGAUCCGAAAUCUCCGAAAGUCGUUUGCCAGUAUGUUUGGAGAUUAAAAUGUUAAAAUGCAGCUGAUAUCCGUCUAUAAUAUUAGCAUAACGGAUUUUCAUGUACGCACUAAGUGUAUACCAAAAUAAGCUUAGCAUUCUGAAUAUGUAUUCAAAUAUUAAAUGGCCAAUCUUAAAUGUGUAUAUUUUUCAAAAUGAGGUGUUUGGUUAAUAAUAUUGCCAUAUGUGGAAAUGUACAGUACUUUAUUUCCUUUACACAAAGUUCAUAAUUGUUGUUAUAACAUUUUAAAUUAGUAUCGAUUUAUGUGUCUGUAAAACAUUCCAAGAGUCACAUCACCCAUUAUAUUGCUAGUUGUUGUAUCACAUCACUGUUUGUCAAAUAAAAUUCUCACUUUUUUUCAAAGUAGUAUAAAACAACAAAAAUAUUGCAAAUCACAUUUUUGCUCAUCGUCAAUAACAUCAAUGUUAAAUAAAUCGUUUUGUGCUUUAAUAAACCAAACCUAGCAAAUUUAGCCUAUUUCGUAGAUCUAAUGCCUGUUUUAGAUCCCGAAUGUGAGAUUCCUAAAUUUAGUUUUGAAUAUUUCUUUGGCAUCAUGACCAUCUCCACCCCAAUUAAUAACCACGUUUAGCUUUCAAGAUCUAUAUUCUUCCAUUAGUAACUUCUUUUUUAUCGAUAGAUAAAACCCUUGUACAUUCAGAGUAAUAAGCUUCCAUAAUUUAAAGUAGGUAUCUGCCAAAGACGUCACAAAAUAGAGUUGUUAUAAGCGUUGUUUAAUUACAAUUGCAUUAAUCUUAUUUCCUACGUGAGUUUAAAACAGGCAGUCUUUCAAAGUCCGAUAUCAAUUUUAAAUCAGAUUCAAAAGCUAAAUACUUGUUGUAAGAAAUGUUUUUUAGUCUUUCUCGACAUUUGCAAUAUAAAUAUAUAUGUACGAGUGCAAUGUUUUUGUUUAUCUAAAUGUAAGUAUAUUCAACACAAAGACAAUUUGAAUGAUUUUUUUUUUAUCUUUCGUCUAUAUUACAAUCAUACAUGAAUGUUGAA